AUGCAUCGACCAACUUAUGGGCAUCCAGCACCUUCUCCUCCCUUGCACCACCCAGUCCCUCAACAUGUUUCUACGGUUCCUCAACUCAGAUCGCCGCCGCCUCCAAUUCCGCAACAACAACAUCCGCAAUCAGGUUAUGGAAAUCCCUAUCAACCUCAGGUUUCGCAGAGCAGUAACGCGGCCUUUGGCCCUUAUGGAAACUUCAUUACUGAUCCUACCGCACAAAUGGGAUUUCAAGUUGGACAGACGGCUUUAAAACAUGGUACAGAGUACAUGGAACAAAACUUUAACCGUUAUGUAAAUGUCUCGGCACUCAAACACUACUUCAAAGUAUCCAAUGGCUAUGUCGUAAAUAAGCUUGUACUGGUUCUUUUUCCGUGGAGGCACAAACCUUGGUCGCGUAAGCAGUCGGUCGGCGCAAAUGGUCAAGAAGGUUGGUUCUUACCGCCUCGCGAUGAUCUCAAUAGUCCGGACAUGUACAUCCCAUUAAUGGCGCUGGUGACCUACAUUCUCUUAUCUACAAUUCUGCGCAGCCUACGCGGGGCCUUCGAGCCUGAGUUACUUGGAUACAAUUCAACUUUUGCCCUGUUCAUUGUUAUCAUCGAAAUUGCACUACUGAAGCUUGGAUGUUACCUAUUAUCAAUAUCAAACGAAUCUCAACUACUAGAUUUAGUUGCAUACUCCGGGUAUAAAUUCGUUGGCACCAUUGUUACUCUUCUCAUUAGCGAGAUCUUUAACCGUGGUCAGGGUACAGGUGGAUGGAUUGGAUGGUCCGUCUUUCUAUACACGUUUUUGGCAAAUGCCCUUUUUCUCUUGAGAUCACUAAAAUACGUUUUAUUACCUGAGAACCCAAGCGAUGAAAGGGGAACUAUGCAAACCGUAGCCCGAUCGCAGAAGAAUCGUAGAACACAAUUUCUAUUCCUCUACUCAUAUCCUGUACAAUUUCUAUUCAUGAUGGCACUGACACGCGUUUAA